AUGCUUCUAGUCGAUAGAAAGAAGGGAAAUGCGGUGAGUCCAAAAGCUGGGGAUGGCUUGGACGGCAAGUGCCUUGCGCCUUAUGAUGCGAAAACAUUAGCGAGAAUGGGUGAGAAGCAAAACCUUGAAUUUCACUUAUUGGUUAUAUUUCUCAUUUUUGUUAUUGUGGUAUAG